CAACAUGAUACUCCGAACUAAAAAAAUAAUAUAAAAUUAGCAGAUUUUAAGGAAGUUCAAUUUUUGAUAAUCGAAAAUGGAUAAAACAGCACGUCCCCAAACCUAUAAGGAUAUCGAUCAAAGCAUUAUCAAACUCGAGAUGGAACCUGAACAAAAUUUCAAGCCUGAAGAUCUGAGUAUCAACUUUGUGGAAGUUCCCUCGUUAAGAGAACACUUUAAUGUCACUGUUUUGCCGAAAUAUAGAGGUAGAGGCAGAGGUAGAGGCAGAGGUAGAGGUGGUAGAGGCAGAGGUAGACCCAGUAAUAGUUCACAAAUUUCAACCUUGCCAAAGCACUUCAUGGAUGAAAAGACAGAUUUAAAGACAAUUUUGAAGAAGGAGCGUUUUCGUCCAAUUCGGCCGAAACCUUUACAAUCUAAUACUUCUCUAUUAAAACAUAAAUUUGAAUUGCCAAUGAUGAACAUGGCUACUUUACCAUCAAAUCGCACUAUUCUCCCAAGUACAAUGAAAGAAAAAAUGCGAUACGUUACACGCAUUACACCUUCAGAUAAUGUAUCUGACAAAAUAAAUGAUAUCAAACCAAUUAGCAGUGAUAAUAGUGAAAUUAUUAAUAAUAGAAAAAUUAACGCUACAAACAGUAAGACUAUUAAUAUCGGUAAUAAUAGUGAUACCGUAAAUGUUAUAUCAAUAACUGAUGAAAGUAAAAUUGAUAAAACCAAUAGUAUCGAAUUAUUUUUUGAGAGCAUGGCACAGACUGUAUUGAAUUUACCUAACGAAAUACAAGCAGACAUUAAAAUGCAGAUCUGCAAAAUUGUUACCAAGGCAGAGAUAGAAUACUGUGCAUCGCAAGUAAAACGCAAGAAUAUUAAAAAUUAA